AUGACAGUCCUCACUAUAGAUUCGAAUUCAACACCAGAAUUUCCGACCCCCGAACCGGGUUGCAACACAGCCGCGCCCGGAAGCACAGAAACACAAACAGAGGAGGCAGAGCAGCGGCCAGUCAAGGCGGGCGAGGCGCCGAUCAAAAAGGAGUUUCUCGCCAAGGUCACUCCAGCCGCAGCCGCACCCAGCACCGAGCCUUGCACAGAGCCCUCUGCCGCCCCGGCCAAGGCCACCGGCGGGCAGAACGCAAACCGGCGCGCGCAAAACAAAAACAAAGCAUACCAGGUGUCUACUUCCGACCGGCUGUGCGCUAAAUUCUCGCUCGGCGAGGACUGCCCGUUCGGCGACAAAUGCACGUUCAGCCACGACAUCACCAAGUACCUCACGGAAAAGCCUGUUGACCUAGGCACACAGUGCGUUCUCUUUGACACCUACGGCGCAUGCAAGUACGGGCUGCGGUGCCGCUACGCUGGCGCGCACACCAACGCUGAGCACAAGCAGAUGCAGGUCGAGGGCAAGCAGCAGCUCUAUGCGCACAACGACUUUGGCCGCGAGAUCCAGAUCAGAAUGCGCAAGAAGCAGAUUACUUUUCCGCGCACCGACGCCUUUGACCGCACGUACGCGGCCAGCAGCAGCGGCGAACCACCCAUAACAGACCAGGAGCCCAAGCGCCAGAAGACCGCGGGCAGAGUGGAUUUCCGCGCCAAAACCUACCUUGCGCCGCUGACGACAGUUGGAAACCUGCCAUUCCGACGCAUCUGCAAGGGGUUUGGCGUCGACAUCACGUGUUCAGAAAUGGCGCUGGCCGGCAACCUUCUGCAGGGCCAGCAAUCCGAGUGGGCGUUGCUGAAGCGGCACCCGAGCGAGACACUCUUCGGCAUCCAGCUCGCCGGCAACCGCGCCGACCAGCUGGGCCGCGCCGCCGAGGCAGUCGGCAAUGAGUGCCUGGUGGACUUCAUCGACCUCAACAUGGGCUGUCCCAUCGACAUGGCGUACAACAGCGGCGGCGGCAGCGCGCUGAUGGCGCAGUCGGCCAAGGUCGAGCGCAUCGUGCGCACGAUGCGUGCAGUUGUGGACUGCGAUAUCACCGUUAAGCUGCGCACUGGGAUCAGCUCCACCACGCCUGCCGCACACACCUUUGUGCCGGAGUUUGAGCGCUGGGGCGCCGCAUUGACCACCAUCCAUGGGCGCUCGCGCCAGCAGCGCUACACUAAGCACGCCGACUGGGGCUAUAUCGGUGAGUGCAAGCAGCGGGCAGCGCAGAUGCCAGUGUUUGGCGGCGGCGACGUGCUCUCGUGGGAGGAUUACUGGGCGCACUUGGAGGACGAAAAACAAUGCGACGGCGUCAUGAUCGGCCGCGGCGCGCUGAUUAAGCCCUGGGUGUUUAAGGAAAUCGAGGAGCGCCGUGUUUGGGAUAUUUCGGCAACGGAGCGCCUCGAUAUGCUAAGGGAGUUUGCGCGCUUCGGGAUGGAGCACUGGGGCACGGAUACGCAGGGAAUAGAUAAUGUGCGCAGAUACUUGCUCGAGUGGCAGUCGUUCUUGUACAGGUAUAUUCCGGCUGGCAUCUUGGAGGUUCUUCCACAGAAGAUGAAUCAGAGACCGCCGGCCUUUAUUGGCCGCAAUGAUUUGGAAACACUGAUGGGCAGUGAAAAGUCUCGCGAUUGGAUCAAGAUAUCAGAGAUGAUCCUCGGCCCCGUCUCCGACGACUUUACAUUUGUGCCCAAGCACAAGUCCAAUUCGUACGAAUAA